AUGGAGGAGCCCGCGGUGGAGGCCGAGGCCGCUCAGGAGUCCUCCUCAGCAGACGAGUGGGACCGCGAGACGGCCUACGCGCGCUUCGAGCAGCUGCUGGACACCCACGACUUCGACUUCCACACUGGGGACAAGGCAAGCCGCACAGUGGUGCGCGUCGACCAGCGCGGCGCGUACGUGGACAUUGGCGGCAAAUCCACCGCCUUCUGCCCCACCGCCGAGCUGGCGCUGGCGAACAUCCCACGGUCCACCCAGGUGGUGGGCACCCACUCCUGCCGUGACUUUGUGGUGAUCCGCGAGGAGCGCAACGGAGACCUCAUGCUGUCCCUCAAACGCAUGGAGCUGCAGGUGGCCUGGCAGCGCCUGCGGCAGUACCUGGAGGAUGACGUGUCGGUGGAGGGUCGCGUGGUGGCCACCAACCGCGGCGGCGUGAUUGUGGAGGUGGAGUGCAUCCGCGGCUUCUGCCCCGGCUCCCAGCUGGGCCAGCGGGUGCAGACCUUCGAGGAGCUGCUGGACCGCACCAUGGCCUUCAAGGUGACCGAGGUGGAUGAGGAGAAGGCGCGGCUCAUGCUGUCCAACAAGCGCGUCGUCGCCGACGAGCGCGUGGGCGGGUUCAAGGUGGGCGACGUGGUGGAGGGCACUGUGAUCAGCGUGAAGCCGUACGGCGCGUUUGUCGACAUUGGCGGCGCCUCGGGCCUGCUCCACAUCUCCCAGAUCUCGCACGACCGCAUCACAAACGUGGACAAGGUUCUGUCUGAGGGCGACCGCAUCAAGGUGAUGGUGCUGAGCCAGGACCGCGAGCGCGGCCGCGUGGCGCUGUGCACCAAGAAGCUGGAGCCGACGCCGGGAGACAUGCUGCGCGACCCAGCGCUGGUGUACGAGAAGGCGGAGGAGAUGGCGGCGCUGUUCCGGCAGCGCGUGGCGGCGGCGGAGGCGGCGGCGCGCGCCGAGGACGCCGUGCCAGCAGCCGAGGCCGCCGUCUGA